GGUAAGAGCGGGAUGCAGCAACUUCGAGCAAGUUCAACCUAUGUCGUUGAACAGGACUGUAGUUACGUAGGCGAUCACUAAUGUAUUGCAUGGGAUUGUUAGCGCGGACAAAUAGUGCUAACGCUUCCCGUUGUAAAACAUAGUAACGGAAGCAUGUUCGCCUAAUGACAAAAAAAAAAGUUUGGCCAACCAUUAACCAAUGAGCGGUAGUGUGCUUCAAAUGUCAAUCUCAAGCAAACCAAUACAAGUGCCAGGGCUGGUCAACCAACUAGCAAAUUUUCACAAAGACCGUUAUAUUAGUGUACGAUAUGAAUAAUAAGAGUUAUGUCUGUUUGUCUGUGAUGUUAGUGUUAGGCUGGUCUUCAGCAUGACUGCUUAUGGGCUCGUCGUUUGAGAACUAGUCGAAUCAUUAUUUUAGCCUUAUGUUUUUUCAGCCUUUUGAUAUUUUCAGCCUUUCGUUGUUCAGCCUUUUGUAAUUCAGCCUUUUGUUAUUUCAGCCUUUUGUCUUUCAGCCUUUUGCACGUUACCCGAAAAGAAAUAUGGGCAGUUGCAUACACUCUAAAAUUGUUUUCCUUAAAAUUACACGGAAAAUAAAAUUUUCUUUGAAAAAAAUAUAAAAAUAAAAAUAUUUCAACAAUAAUCAAAAAAUCUCAAAAUGUUUUAUCUCGACCAAAACAAAAAGAUUGAUUUGUCUUUAUUAUAGAGACUUUCAGCCCUUGGCUGAAAAAAAUGGAUAUUAGUGGGUUAACAAAUACCAGGCAUGCAUUCAGCAUAUCCCGGAAUUGCUUGCAAGAAUACGGUCAAAGUAUUUUAAAUUUCUUUCAACAUUUUUUCGGGAAUCUUACUGAGUGUAGUUAGAUUCUGGUUCCUAUUUUCUAAAUCUGCUACCAGAUCAGUUGAAAGCAAUAAAACCUUCAUGAAAACUCCAUUGAAAAUUUCUCCCAAGCUAUGGUUAGAAACUUUCUUCAAAAAUCUGCCUAAAGAAAAAAAAACCUCCGAAAUUCCAACAAAAUCAAAAGUUUUCAUAAAAAUCCACAUUCAAAUUUUCAGCCAUUAGCGAUGCAAAUCAACAAGACAAAUUUUGUAAACAAAAGAUCAUGUUCACAAAAGGUGUUGCAAUCAUUCAAACUUCACAGUUUGCUCUAAUUAUGAUAGAAAUAAAUUCAUUUUUGGAAUUAAUUGUUGGUAGAAUUGCUGAAUACAUUCUUGAAUUUUACAUACGAACUUCAGAGAAAAAAAAAACAAAGUGAAUUGUUUUACAAUCUGAAAGUCAAUAGUAUAUGAAAAAGACGUAGCGGGGAAGAGUCUGAGCCCAGACUUGUUCAUUAGCAAAUCCUUCGAAAAUUGUUACGGAAGCUUUUUGCCAAUCAUUUUGGGAAUUUCUCAAGUAUUUUUUUCAAAUUGCUUCAGCAGUUCUUUUGGUAUUUUUCUUUGCAAUUGUUUUGUCCAUUUUAUUUUUGAAAUUUACCCAGUAAUCUCUCCGGCAAUCUUUUGAGAUUACAGUAAUUAAUUCGGCAAUGCUUUUGAGAAUUUCUUCCCAAAUUUUUUUGGAUUUGUUUUUGCUAUUACUUUGGAAUUCCCUAAGGAUUUAUUUCGGCCUGUUUCUGUAAAUCGUUUGGGAAUUUAUACAUCAAUACCUUUCGGAAUUCUAUCGGCAAGUUCUUUAAGGAAUCUUUCAGUAAUGCCUUUAAGAAAUCUUUGUAGAAGGAAUUUAUAAUAUUUUUCUGUGAAUUCCUUUUGCAAUUCCUUUGAAUUCUCCGUCAAUUUUAGCGGUGAUUCUUUUGGAAAUUUCUGCGGCAGUUUCUUUGAAAAUGUCGUCGGCAAUUCCUUUAGAGCAAAUCAUUUAGGAUUCCUUUCCCAAAAUCUUUCAGCAUAUUCUUUGGAAGGUCUGUCAGAAGUUUCUUUCCUUGCGGUUGUGGAUAUUUCUGUUGACAUUUCUUCGAUAGAUUCAUUAGAAUCUUUUUUUUUAUUUCCCUUUAUGAAUUCUCUCGGUAACUCCAUUGGGAAUUUUUCAGGCAGUUUUUCGUAGAUUUCGUCGGAUUUAUUUUCUGUGUCAGUUCCUAGAAGAAUUCCUUUGGAAAUUGAUAUGGAAAUUACACUUUCUGUUUCCUUCUGCCUGUUCUUUAAGGAUCAUUGAGGAGGUUAGAUGUAAAGGGGUUUAAGGACAGACUUCGUAGAAUCCCAAAAUGGCCGCCACAAUGGCCGGCUUUGGCACCUACUCACGAUUUCGAGGGCACAAAUCUCUUCGUAAACAAAACCAACACACCUGAGCUUCUCAUUUUAAGCUUAUUACAAUUGAUCAAGAACAAAAUAAUAAAAUGCUCUGUUGUUUUAGGCUUGCUUCUUGAGACUUGUGCGUCUGAAGUUCUGAUGCACUGUUGAAGCAGGAUUUCAAGACGUUUGUCCUUAGUGACCAUUUUGUCGAUUUUGAGCUGUGCAUAUCGAAAAGUUCUUAAGAUUUCAAGCUUUCAGAAACCCUUUUUAAGUUUUUUUUACGAUGGUUUGAAAAAUAAAUCGGAGAAAAGGGUCGAUUUUGAAACUCCAUACGUUUUGUAUGGGAUGAAAAAUUGGUGAAAAACAUUAAACCUCUUUUUUUUAAAGUGGGUUUUUGUCACUUUCAGCCCUUUGUUUCUAACCCCCUCUAUUAGUUUAUAGAGAGCGAAUGAAGAGCAGUGAAAAAGAGCAAGUUUUGAAUGAUGAUCAAUGAUACAUUUAGGGAUUUUCCAGACAACAUUCCUCCUCCUUUUUUCUUCUUCAAUCCUUAACGUCGAAACAGCCGCGAGUACUUCGGCUUCCCAAACUAACAUAGUUUUAAGGCAGUAAUAAAUUGUAAAAUUUAAAAUCAUUGUAAAAACAAAAGAUUUCGGCUCAGUUAUGCCCAUGUGGCGCCGAGCCUUCCAAAUAAACGAAUAAGUAAAAAAAAAAAAAAAACAUUCCUCCUGAUUUAAGUCGUUAUCAGUUCCAUUCAAGUUAAUCCAGGCCACUUGAAAUUUCUCCCUAUAUAAAACCUUGUCACUGUCCACUAACUCCCCAGUUCAAACCAUCAAUCCACAAUGGUUCGCAUCGUACUGUAUUUGUCGCUAACGCUUUUCGCCUGCGCUUUCGGUGCUUCAACCGAGGGGAGCUUCAACCCUCUGCGUCCAUGGUGGAACGCUCGUCGUCGUGCCAGUAGUGGUGGUCGCAUAGUUGGUGGCUUUGAAGUAGCCGUUGAGGACAUCCCCUUCCAAGUGUCGCUGAGCCACGAUGACUUCGAGCACUUCUGCGGAGGAUCGUUGCUAUCCGAACGCUGGGUACUGACUGCUGGGCACUGCGCUUCGCCAUGGCAAGGUAAACUACAGGUGCGCUGCGGUUCCAGUCGGCAUGCUUCCGGCGGUCAAGUGGUAACGGUGAAGAAGGUCCAUCGCCAUCCGAAAUACGAUGCGAUCGCGAUUGACUACGAUUACUCGCUGCUGGAGCUAGAAGAAGCAGUAAUAUUUACCAACAGCUGCAGUCCCGUUGGGCUGCCUCAGAAGGACGCCCCACAGUGGGAUCAUUCUGAAAAAAGACGAUCAAAACCUCUAAGAGCCGUUAGAUGACAUUUUAGCAUAUAGGUGUCUUUGGAAGAUAUGUUCAGAAAAAUCUUCCCUAUUUUUAUGCAUAUUCACUGUAUGGUAAAACUGUAGGGUGAACCCGAGCAAAAAAAUAUUUUUUCAAAAUAAUUUUUUAGUGGGUUGAUGUCUUCAGCAAAGUUGUAGAACAAGUAAUUUCAAGUAUCUUUGCUGAAGACACCAUAUAGCUUGGACUUCAUUUUUAGGGAGAAAAUAUGAAAGUUUAAAAAACAACCUCAAAAUCAGUUUUUUGAACUUUUCCAUGAUUAUAUCGUAAAAUUUCAACGUGAUAUGUUCUACAAGUUUGUAGGUGCUACUGGAAUACACUAUCUUGCCGAAGACACCAACUCUGUAAAAUUGAAAAUUGCUCCAGUAAACCAAUUUUUUUGAAAUUUUUUCACUAUUUUCACUAUUGAAUAUUUUUUUAAUAGGCACUUUUUGGCAGCCGUGCUAUCAAAAUUUCAAUGCUUUAUCAUGUCCAGAAUAGACCAAAAGUGACUUAACAAUCGGGUCUGAUAAGGCACUUUGAUUUCUGAUGCUAUUUUAAUAGUCAUUUUUCAAAGAAAAUAUUCACAAAUUUCAUACAAAUCACUUAAUACAAACUGAAAAUUCACGAAAACUUUUCGACAUUAAUAUUUGUUAAUCAAAAUAGUAUUCUUGUUGAAAUAGUCUACAUUUCUAACACUGUGGUUGACUUUACAUUGAAUACCCGACAAAAAAUAUCGCUUUUUAAAUUUUUAGAUGAGUUAAAAACUUACUAUUGAAUAUUUUUUGAGUGGGCACUUUUUGGCAGCCGUGCUGUCAAAAUUUCUAUGAUUCAUUAUGUCCAGAAUAGACCAAAAUUGACUUAACAAUCGGGUCUGAUAAGGCACUUUGAUUUCUGAUGCUAUUUUAAUAGUAUUUUUUUUAAAGAAAAUAUUCACAAAUCUCAUACAACCCUUUCGAUAUUUUUUUUAGCUCCAAGUAGUAAUACUGAAUAAAAAAAAAACAAGUUAAAUAAAUGUAGACUAUUUCAACUGUUAUUUUGAACUACAAAUUUUGAAAGAAGGAAAAGCCUCUUUGAGUGAUUUCCUCAUCUACGAAAUCUUUCUAAAAAAGGCACAAAACCUUUUUAUCUUUUAAAAAAAUUGUUAUAAUAUAAGCUUAAAACUAAAGGCUCCUCCGGAAAAGUAUCCAUAAUCGAGCCGUGAUCUUGAUGCGGAUUUGUCAAGGGAUGGACCAAGGUAAUAUGUCUACGACGAAGGAAUUUUGAAAAUCAUGGACAGGAAUCGACCUAACGGACGCAGUUCUUGAAAACUGGAAAAAAAUCAAUUUUAAAGAGUAUCAAACAGCAUAACCAAUUUCAAUAAAAUAUCUGUGAAGAAUUUUCAUCAUGACGUAAGAUUUACAACCUAGAAUAUCUCUAACAGAUACUGGCUAUUUCAAUGUGAUGUAACAAUGUUUCACUCGUUUUAUUUUAUUUUUUUUUUAUUUUCAACAGAAAACUUGUAGAGGCAUUCAUUAUAUUUUCGCCUUUUUAGUUUUUUAACCGAAGUUAUAAUGUUAACAUAGCACAUGAAAAAAAAUGUUAUCGUUGUUUUAGUUGAUUGAUUAAUGUAUGUAUUUUAACAUAAACAAAUGCAUUGGGAAUUACAAUUAAAAAUUAGAUAAAAACACAGUUUUUAAUUGGUGUUAAAAACUCAUCUAGAAAUUUAAAAGCGAUAUUUUUUGUCGUAUAUCUAUAUAUAUAUAAAUGCAGUGGCAUACGUGGGACCACGCAUAACUUGCGGACGGAAGGUCCGAUUUUGGUCGUCUUAGUUUUGUUCUGUUAGUUUUCACCCAAGGAAGGUUUAUGAGGCCUUAAAUUUGGAAAAAUUGAAAGUUUUCGAAAAUCGAUUUUCUAUACCCUUUUCACUGAGGAUUUGGGCUUGGCUAGAAACUUGAAACGUCAAAAAACGCAGUAGGCAAGACAAAGUUUGCCGGGUACAGCUAGUUUAAUGUAAAGUCAACCACAGUGUUAGAAUUGUAGACUAUUUCAACAAGAAUACUAUUUGGUUAAAAAAUAUUAAUGUCGAAAAGUUUUCGUGAGUUUUCAGUUUGUGUUAAUUGAUUUGUAUGAAAUUUGUGAUUGUUAAGUCACUUUUGGUCUAUUCUGGACAUGAUAAAGCAUUGAAAUUUUGAUAGCACGGCUGCCAAAAAGUGCCUAUUAAAAAAAUAUUCAAUAGUGAAAAUAGUGAGAAAAUUUCAAAAAAAUUGGUUUACUGGAGCAUUUUUCAAUUUUACAGAGUUGGUGUCUUCGGCAAGAUUGUGUAUUCCAGUAGUACCUACAAACUUGUAGAACAUAUCACGUUGAAAUUUUACGAUAUAAUCAUGGAAAAGUUCAAAAAACUGAUUUUGAGGUUGUUUUUUAAACUUUUAUAUUUUCUCCCUAAAAAUGAAGUCCAAACUAUAUGGUGUCUUCAGCAAAGAUACUUGAAAUUACUUGUUCUACAACUUUGCUGAAGACAUCUACCUUCUAAAAAAAUAUUUUGAAUAAAUAAAUGGGGAUAGAGAAUAUAAUUAAUCAUACCAAAUAUAGAUUCUUAACUAAACGCUGUUCCUCAAGUAGAUAGUUAUUUUAAUAAGUGUAUCGGGAAGUAGUUUGAAGUUUUAAAAGCAAUCUAUCUCGAAGCUGAGUUGACCUUUUCAUUUAGGUUUGACUGAAAAAUUAGAUUAAUUUCAAAACAGGUUAAACAGAUUUGGCAAAUGCUUAUAAUUAUUGAAAAUAUUGUUAAAUGAAUAGACUUAACAAAAUAAAUUUCAAAUAAAUAUACAUGUUGUACAGAA